CGCACUUUAACCCCGGCCCCUGGCGCCCCGGCGCGGCGAUCGCGCUGCGGCAGCCUCUAGAAACUUCUCGGUCCCUCCCUCUCCCCCUCCCCUUCCUCCUCCUCCUCCCCACUGACCCGGGGCCGGCGCUGCGGCGAAGGCAGGAGGGAAGAGAGGCGCGGCGACUGGAGCCCGCGGCGCAGCGCGGAGCCAGACCCGGCCCUGUCCCUGUCCCGGCGCAGCGGUGGCAGCAGCGGCGAGCGGGAUGACGGCGGAGGAGAUGAAAGCGGACGGGGCUCCCCUGGAGGGGGUGGACAUCACGCUUAAGCGGGAUGAGGGCGUCCUCAAGGUUGUCAAGAGAGAAGGCAGUGGGACAGAGUCACCGAUGAUAGGUGAUAAAGUGACCGUCCAUUAUACAGGAUGGCUCCUCAAUGGCACAAAAUUUGACUCCAGUCUGGACAGGAGAGACAAAUUUUCAUUUGACUUGGGGAAAGGUGAGGUGAUCAAAGCAUGGGACAUUGCUGUGGCAACUAUGAAGGUUGGCGAAAUUUGUAGGAUUACUUGUAAACCAGAAUACGCCUAUGGCUCAGCUGGGAGCCCACCAAAGAUACCUCCCAACGCUACGCUGAUCUUUGAGAUAGAGCUGUUUGAGUUUAAGGGGGAGGACCUCACUGAUGAUGAAGAUGGUGGCAUCAUCCGAAGAAUCCGUAAGAAAGGAGAAGGCUACUCCAAGCCCAAUGAGGGUGCUCUUGUAGAGAUCCAGUUUGAAGGCCGAUAUGGAGAUCGUGUUUUUGACAAGCGGGAGCUGCAGUUUGAGAUUGGAGAAGGUGAUAAUUAUGAUCUUCCUCAUGGUCUGGAGAAAGCAAUACAGAAAAUGGAGAAAUCUGAGGAAUCUAUUUUCUAUCUCAAAUCCAACUAUGGUUUUGGAAGUGCUGGGAAGGAGAAAUUUCAGAUCCCUCCAGAUGCAGAACUACAGUAUGAAGUGAAACUCAAGAGCUUUGAAAAGGCUAAGGAGUCUUGGGAAAUGAAUACAGAAGAGAAGCUGGAACAAAGCUGUAUGGUGAAGGAGAGAGGCACUCAGUACUUCAAGGAGGGGAAAUACAAACGGGCAGCAUUACAGUAUAAGAAGAUUGUGUCAUGGCUGGAGCAUGAGUCAGGACUCUCUGAGGAGGAAGAUACAAAAGCCAAGAGCUUGAGGCUUGCUGCCCACCUUAAUCUAGCUAUGUGCCAUCUCAAGCUGAAGGAGUACUCCCAGGCUUUGGAGAACUGCAACAAGGCACUUGAAUUGGAUAGCAGCAAUGAAAAAGGUCUCUUCCGGCGUGGAGAAGCCCACUUGGCUGUUAAUGACUUUGAAUUGGCCCGGGGAGAUUUCCAGAAGGUGAUACAGCUCUAUCCAAGUAACAAAGCUGCCAAAGUGCAACUAGUAACUUGUCAGCAAAAAAUACGCGAGCAGCAUGAGAAAGAGAAAAAGAUGUAUGCCAACAUGUUCCAAAGGCUUGCAGACAAAGACUUAAAGUCAGCUACUACUCUUCAAACCACCCACACUGAAGAUGCAGAAAUGAAAGAUGAGCAGAAUGGAGUUGAAGAUAAAUCUGAAGUUGACACAGAAGCAUAAAAACAAACCCUAUUCCAUUAGUUUUGUAAAUGAAAGAAUUUCCAGUGAAUUAGACCUUUAUUUUUCUACCUGGUUGGACAGUGGCUUCAGAGGAACAGAAGCUGAGGCCACUAUGCCAUAGUCAAUUACAGCUUUGUAUGUCUGUGAAAGAAGCUGAGUGGCAGCAUAAAUCUGGUUUAAUCCUAGGGACAUUAUUUAUUCAUGCGGCCUCUGUUACUGUUUGAGUUCUGUCUGGAUUUACUCUGCUUGGUUUAUUUGCAUUUUGCCAUUGUGUUUGUCUUUCUGGUUCCAGCUCACUUAAAUUUAGGAAGCAGAAUCUGGGAUUAAUUUCCUUGAUUUUUUUUUUAAUGACCUUUUCCAACAGUCCUCAUUUGAGAUUUGAGAACAAAUCAGCACUCCCUGUUCUUCUGCCUUGGCAUUGUCCCCAUUCCCCCAUUAAAUGCUGUAACCUUCCUUGUAUUCUUUAUCCUUGCAAAUUACUGAAGGUGAAGACUGUGAAGUCACAGCUUAAGAAAUAAAGCUUCAGUUAAACUUAAGAAAACAGAACUUUUUAUGGGUUUUUAUUGGAAUUUGCGCAGAAUUAAUUGAAUUUAUUGUCCUCUAGUCAUUCAGCAUUUUCUCAUCCACAUAGCUGUACAGUAGUGAUGGUAUGUUUUCCUCUGUUGUUCAUUAUCGUAAGUUUUCACAAUCAAUACAGAAUCUGUUUGCAAAUGAAAAAAUGUUGCUGAAAAUUGUACACAAAGCAUGUCUGUAACCUAUGCAUAUAAAAUUUAUUUUCCUGUUCAUAUUGCUACAUUCCUCUUUCCUCUUUUUGUUGUAAAACUGGACCAGGAAAAUCCUGAUUUAUACCUGUAAGUAACUGGCUCUAAGGAGAAAAUGUAAUAAUAGUUGAAACAUGUUACAAAUGCUUGUAAUUCCUGAUGAACUACAAACUUCUGAGUGAUCUGCAUUUCACGCAGAAGCUAUUUGAUAUCCUCCUGCUUCUUUAUACAGUAUGUUGGGUGUUUUUUUUUUGCUAGUGGUUUUGUGGUAUGGGGUUUUGUUUUUUUUUUGGAGGUGGGGAAUAGAGGAAAUACGUGGGGUUUGUGUGUUGUUUUGUUUUGUUUUUUUCCCCCUCCCCUGUCUGCAGGUAUAGAGUGGAGUAUUCAGACUUAAUUUUGUUGUUUAUUUUGUGAUGUAAUGCUAAACUCAGCAUCUCUACUGUCCUGUUCCAAAACCUUCUAGCAGCAGGGACUAAUCUAUUUGCCUGCUCUCCAGAAGGAAGGUAGCUUUAUCUGUUCCUUUCAGGUAUUGGACUUCUGCACUGAGAAGGACAUCUUGUCUUCCCAUGGCAUGGAAUGGGCUGGAUUUGUUUGUAUAUUGAAAAGAAUAUGCCUGUCUUAAACCUGAUUAUAUCUGAAUUCUUGGUUUGAAUUCCUGGUCUCCUUUCCUGAGGGGAGAAAAAAAGUGGGCGUUUAUUCACGGGCUUCCUAUAGGACUGGAGGUUCUAGCACCUGCCUCUGCAGAAGAGACAGCUUGGGCCUGGAACUUAUGAUUAACUAUCACCAAAGUGGUAAGCCUAAAUUAUUCUCCUGUCCCCAGUCCCAAGACGAGAAGUCCACCAACUGCUGCUGGGUUGGAGCUAGCUUAGGGAUCUGAACUGCACUGCUUUCUGCAUGCCCUAAGAUUCUUCAGGGUUGGAAGAGAUAGGAAAAAGCAGCAGAAUAGGUGCUUGGUAGGUCAUCACACUUCAAGAAAGGCUGUUUUCCUUGACUUAUCUAUCACAGACUAGUUUAUUUAGGAAAGUUACAAUCACCAGAUAAUGUAGGUGCUUUUCAUGAGUUCUGACUCAGUAGCAUCAUCAGUCCUGCAUACGUGAAAGCAGCUUUGCUUUCUACCAAAAUACAGCUACCUCUAAAUGGAACAUUACAACUGGAUUACAAGAUGUGAAGAACAUCUUGUCCAUUGAAAUUAAAAGAUUUCAAGACACAAAAACAGCAAUUGGAAUCAAGCUAAGAAAAAGGUUAUCACUUCCAGUCCUACAAAAGAAGCUAACGGGUUGAUAAUGCAUGCCACGGCCUGGGAAGAAGGAGAACCAGACUGUUUAAUACAUGGGUUUCUUUAGAUUGAAUCAAGUUGAAAAAAAUCUAUGCCACUUACCUCCUGUUAUGUUACAGGUGCUUUACACGCAUUCAAUAAAAGUAGCAAAAGGCAUGCCCUUCUGGAUGCACACUAGUAAACAAGCCCAAAUAGCUCAAUGGACUCAUCUUGACAAAUGCAAUGUGUGAGAGAGACUGAGAAACACAGGGAGAAACUUACUGAGAAAAGAGGAAUGAAAUUGGGUCAGUCUUACCUGUUAGAUGACAGAAGAGCCAUGGAGAUUGCUUCCUCAGGUAUACCACUUGCAAGGAAAGAAAAAAGCACUCAAACUUCAGCUGUAGCUGGUGAUGCUAAUAGUGAAAUUAAAGCACUUUAAUUUGUAUGGUGAAUCAGGCAACGAACAGAAGUGCUUUGUAGAGUUACUCUUAAGGCAGGAAGGAAUACAGAACAACAGACUACAAGAAAGGGAGCAGGAAUGUCAAGCAAGAGCCCUUUUUCUCCAGCAAGGAUGCCUUGAUCUGUUUAGAGUUUUUACAAGAAAUGGGAGCUGUGGCUGAAACUCUUGCUGCUGUGAAAGCAAGGAUAGGGUAAAAUCCUAAUAAGUUUCUGAUUCUUGAACAACGGUUUAAAAAACAA